AUGUCAUACCAGGGACGUCCCUUCGCCGCAAGCCCGUUCCAGGACAACCGCUCUCGCUCCAACCAGGGCCUUGCAGGACUCGGCGUCUCAACAGGCCAAGCAGGUCUCUCCGGUAAAGUGGGUGGCUUUUUCGAUAACAACGACCGCACUCUUCCCAUGUACAAAGACAAGCCAUAUUUCACUCCGAAACGCACAGCGCCGCGGAGACGAUGGAGGCCCUUGCUUGUACUAGGUGUGUGCGUGUUGACGUUCCUGUGGUACUAUAAAUCAUCGAUGCCGCUAUGGCCGGGCUCGGAUUCGUCGGACAAGGGGGCAGAGCUCUGGAAAUGGGCACAGACCCUCGACGAUGAAAGUCCGUCGAAAGAGCGCGUGGAUUGGAACGCACGUCGGGAGAAAGUCCGGGAAGCGUUUAUUGUUAGUUGGGAAGGAUAUGAGAGGGAUGCAUGGGGUUCCGACGAGUACCACCCGGUCUCGGGCCAAAGCAAAAACAUGAUCGAUGGUGGCAUGGGUUGGAUCAUCGUUGACGCGCUGGACACCAUGAUGAUCAUGAACCUUACCACCCAAGUCCGCCAUGCUCGUGAGUGGAUUGCCACCUCAUUGAAAUACAACCAAGACCACGAUGUGAGCACAUUCGAGACCACCAUUCGCAUGUUGGGAGGCUUGCUCUCGGCACACUAUCUGUCGACGCAAUACCCCAACCUCGCCCCCAUUGCAGACGAUGAUGUCGGUGCCGUGGGUGAGGACUUGUACAUUGAGAAGGCGACCGACCUUGGGGACCGCUUGCUCGGAGCAUUCGAGUCCCCCUCUGGCAUUCCCUAUGCGAGUGUAAACCUGAACAAGUCCGAGGGUCUCCCAUCGCAUGGCGAUGGUGGUGCGUCAUCUACUGCCGAAGCAACGUCAGUCCAGCUUGAGUUCAAGUAUUUGGCGAAGCUGACUGGAGAGGCCGAGUACUGGAAGGCCGUGGAGAAGGUGAUGGAGGUCGUGGAUGAGCAAAAGCCCCAAGAUGGCCUUGUCCCCAUCUACAUUCAUCCCAAAUCGGGUAACUUCAAGGGCCAGAAUAUCCGUCUCGGUAGCCGGGGUGAUUCAUACUACGAGUAUCUGAUUAAGCAGUACCUGCAAACCGCCGAGCAGGAGCCCGUCUACAAAGAACUGUGGGAUGAGUCCCUGCUCGGAAUUCGCAAGCAUCUGCUUGCCUUUUCCAAAAAUGCACAGCUGAUGGUUCUGGGUGAGCGCCCUAAUGGCUUGGAUGAAAACCUGACCCCUAAAAUGGACCACCUGGUGUGUUUCCUCCCUGGAACCUAUGCGCUCGGCGCCACCAGUGGCCGGCCCCUUGCCGAGGCCAGGAAAUCCGCGGACUGGUCUCAGCAGCGCGAAGAGGAGAUCUUCAUCUCCCGCGAGCUGAUGAAGACCUGCUGGGCAACAUACCUGGCAACGGCGACAGGCCUUGCGCCUGAGAUUUCUCACUUCAUUCUCGACUCGCCGCCAGUGAUGAUGGAAGACAAGUACCCGGAUCCCAAAUCACCCUCUGAAGCCGCAUCACCACAUGAGCUUCACUCUAUUUCCCAGCCACUAUCCCCUCAGGCCGAUGGCUCUGAGCCGUGGCGCAAGGACAUUGAAAUUCACAACAUGGACCGCCACAACUUGCAACGCCCCGAAACAAUCGAGUCCCUGUUUUACAUGUACCGCGUCACCGGUGACGAGAUCUACCGUGAGUGGGGCUGGGAAAUGUUCAAAGCCUUCAUCAAGCACACCGCUGUGGUCGAGAAGGAAGAAUCCGAACUUGCAGACGGUGAGGCCACGACGAGACGUAUCAAGGGCUUCACUUCGCUGUCCAACGCAAAUACCAUCCCGCCGACGACGCGUGAUAACAUGGAGAGCUUCUGGAUGGCUGAGACUCUCAAGUACUUCUACUUGUUGUUCUCGGAUCGCGAUUUCAUCUCUCUCGAGGACCACAUAUUUAACACCGAGGCCCACCCGCUGCCCCGGUUUAAGCCGACUGGCGAUUUGAAGACUGGAUGGCAGCGGAAACCGAAGCCUGUCAAGGCUGCGGAGCCUGCAGAGGCUGCAGAGUAA